GCGGCGGCGGCGGCUCGGGGGACCGGGGCCUUUUGUUUGGAGCGGCUGCGGGGGGCCCCGGAGCGGCGAGGCCGGCGGCCUUCCCCAGCUCGCUCGGUCCCGGCCGCCCCUCGCGGGGGUGAGGGGCCACCCCUGGGCCGGGCAUCGCCCCGGGCGCCGCCGCCCCGCCCUAGGCCCGCCCCGCCCGGCCUGAGGGGAGGAACCCGGCCGGGCCUCACCGCGCGGCCCUACCACCUCCGGAGUCGCCGCCACUGCUCUCCGUGGUCCGGACGCGAGGCUGCCUCUCGCCCCUCAGCCGACGCCAUGAAGAUCAAGGAUGCCAAAAAACCCUCAUUCCCAUGGUUUGGCAUGGACAUUGGGGGAACUCUAGUAAAGCUCUCAUAUUUUGAGCCUAUUGAUAUCACAGCAGAGGAAGAACAAGAAGAAGUUGAGAGCUUAAAAAGUAUUCGGAAAUAUUUGACUUCUAACGUAGCAUAUGGAUCCACUGGCAUUCGGGAUGUACACCUUGAACUUAAGGAUUUAACACUUUUUGGCCGAAGAGGGAACUUGCACUUUAUCAGAUUUCCAACCCAGGACCUACCUACUUUUAUCCAAAUGGGAAGAGAUAAAAACUUCUCAACAUUACAAACGGUGCUAUGUGCUACAGGAGGUGGUGCUUACAAGUUUGAAAAGGAUUUUCGCACAAUUGGAAACCUCCACUUGCACAAACUGGAUGAACUUGACUGCCUUGUAAAGGGCUUGCUGUACAUAGAUUCUGUCAGUUUCAAUGGACAAGCAGAGUGCUAUUAUUUUGCUAAUGCCUCAGAACCUGAGCGAUGCCAAAAGAUGCCUUUUAACCUAGACGAUCCCUAUCCACUGCUGGUAGUGAAUAUUGGCUCGGGAGUCAGUAUUUUAGCAGUCCAUUCCAAAGACAACUAUAAACGAGUGACUGGGACAAGCCUUGGAGGGGGUACCUUUCUGGGUUUAUGCAGUUUAUUGACUGGCUGUGAAAGUUUUGAAGAGGCUCUUGAAAUGGCAUCCAAAGGUGACAGCACCCAAGCUGACAAGCUGGUCCGUGAUAUUUAUGGAGGAGAUUAUGAAAGAUUUGGUCUGCCAGGUUGGGCUGUAGCAUCUAGUUUCGGGAAUAUGAUUUAUAAGGAGAAGCGAGAGUCUGUUAGUAAAGAAGAUCUGGCAAGAGCUACUUUAGUUACUAUCACCAAUAACAUUGGUUCUGUGGCACGAAUGUGUGCUGUUAAUGAGAAAAUAAACAGAGUUGUCUUUGUGGGAAACUUUUUACGUGUUAAUACUCUCUCAAUGAAACUUCUGGCAUAUGCACUGGAUUAUUGGUCAAAAGGUCAACUGAAAGCAUUGUUUCUAGAACAUGAGGGAUACUUUGGAGCCGUUGGUGCACUUCUUGGACUGCCAAAUUUCAGCUAAAGCAUCAGGUCUCUCUCUGCUAAUAAAUGUCAUCCAAGGUGAACUGAAACCAGAGGCGUUAUCACUGCAUUGUUUGUCACUGGGAACCAAAGGAUAAAAGAGUACCAUAAGCUGCUGAAUGUUGCCAUAGUAAGAGAAAACUCAGUAAUGUGAAGUAUUUCUAUUUGAAAUGCUUUGCCUUUUGUAUAUAACCAGUGUUAAAUUCUUAAAUGCAAUACAGCCUCUGAUUACUGAGCUUCCUCUCCAAAAAGAUUUUCUUUUUAUUUUACGUAGCCAUUGUAGUACUGUAUACUCAAACAAAAAUCUCUCAGAAAUGUUUAGCUUAUCAAAAUAAUUGAUUCUGAAUAUUUGUCAUGUCUUUUUGUGUGUUUUGAUUACUAAUGAGCGGAUAGUAUCAUACCCUGCAUCAAAAAUUAUUGAAAUGGCAAUCAAAGAUGAUUAUUUUUAUGUGAUUUUAGAAUUGUUAAGGCAAUUAUUAAUUAUUGUAGUUUCUUUAAACAUACCCCCUGCCAAAAAGCAUGUUUAUGUGAUUUUUCCCCAGAUGUGUACCUUUUCUCAAAUGCCAUAAUUUAAUUGAAAUACUAUUGUUAACUUUUAGCCUGAAUUUUAAAAUGAAUUCUGGAAAAUGCACAUAUUUAGUGAAAUUGCACUUUCUGUGUUUGAUGAGUUAAUACAUGUUUAAAAUGUUUAGUAGUAUAUAAAAUUGGCGGUAUAAUUACUUAAUCCAGGAGGUCUGUUCUGAUGGAAUAUGCUUUGAGUGCACUGAUGAGUGUUCUGGGUUCUCUAUAGCACAUUUAUCUCCAGCCCAAACGUACUUGUUCGUUUCUUUUUAUUAGAUCUGAACCAUUAAAACUACACAUUUUAUUCUAUUAUGAACAACAGCAACAAAGUCACAUUUAUUUUAAAUGAAUGUUAUAGAAAUCUAAAAUAUGAAUUUGAAAAUUUUGUGAGAGUCUGAGGCAAUAUUGCAGAAUUAUAAAAGGAUCAGUGUUUCAUACAUUCUGAUAAUAAAAGCAUUAUAGUUCCAAAAUUUGUAAAUCCUUUUGCCUGGGAAUUUAUUCUCUAUUUUGAAUUCAUAUUUUAUAAUGUUAAAAAAGUUUUUCAGGUUUUUAUGUUGGCAGUAACACUGGAAGUCCAACAGUUCAAUGAAGUUGUUAAAGUCUGUUGCUUUUGGGUUAGUAAGUAGAAAGACUUGAGGAGGACGAUGAGAAAUUCAUCUCUAUAAAUUACCAAUAAGUCUGGAUAUACUUUGAAGAGCUUAAAAUUGUUUAUAUUACACAAAGGAAAUAUUAUGUGUUUUACAAACCAUAAUUUUGCUCAAUAGCAGUUUUCAGUUAGACUAUCAAGAGUUGCUUGAAAAAGGCAUUAUUCCAUGUAGUUUUCACUUUUUGUGCUGAAGUGUUUAUAGUUUUCUUUACAUAUAAAGACAUGAACAUAUAAGUAAUGAGUAUUUAGGGGGAAAGCAUGUAAUGCUAAUUUUUUAGACUAUUUGGAACUGUGAAUUCAAGUCAGUUCAGUUUGUUUUUAAAGUUUCUGAUUUGGGCAUUUGUAUAGAUAGGAGUCUUACUGAAUGAUAGUAAUUAUAAGUUUUAUACCUGUAGCAAACUGUACGUCAGCAGCUAUGGGUUUAGGGCAGUCUUUCUUUAAGAAAAAAUAGAAUGAUCAAAAGUCUCUUUUAAUUUGAUCACUGUACUUUGCUUAAUAUGGAAAUAUGAUUCAUAUAUUUUGUCCUUUAAAAGUCAGAUUGCCUACUAAAAUGCAUGUAAAGUGAAGAACUAUCUUGCCACUGUUGUUCUGAGCUUUUCCCAUUCGUAAUCUAGAAUUUCUGGAGUAAUAAGAACACAGAAUUGUGAUAUGAAGGUUGUAAUGCCUCAGAACUCUAUGUUCUUGAACAGUGCUGUCUAAUAGAAAUGUGAACCACAUGUAAUUUUACACUUUUUAUUAAGCACAUUAAAAAGUAACAGCAAACAGGUGAAAUUCAUCUUAAUUAUAUAUUUUUAUUUAACCCAAUAUAUCCAGUAUGUUAUUUCAACUUGCAAUCAGUACAAAAGCUUAUUUAGAAGGUGUUUUACCCUAUUCCCCUCUUUGAUCCUCAGUCUUGAAAACCAGCAUAUAUUUUAUACUUACAGUACAUCACAAUUUGAACUAAUCACGUUUCAAAUGCUCCAUAGCCACAUAUGGGUACUGGCUGCUGUACUAAACAGCACAGUUCUAGAACUACCUCUUUAAAAUGAAUACUAUCAUGUGUCCAUGAAAACUUUCUGAACAUGGCCUCUUUAAAGAACAUUUCAGAGGAAAAAAUAUAGGAACCUUAAUUUUUUUGAAUACAGAGAGGGAUAAGAAAGUUUAUUUGGGCUAGUUUAUUUUAUACAGAUAGGCCGUAUUUCUGACCAUUCCAAAAAUAUAGUGGCAUCUUACCAUCUCAUUAUAGUGUAUAUCAUUUUUCCAGUAAUACUGAUAUUAAUAAAAUUGCCCAAGACAUAUAUCCUGACAGUUCUCAACAGUCUCCAAAAUACAUACUUCCUUUGCUGAAGGAAAUUAUUUCAUUGACUUAAUUUCUAAAAUUGUGAUUUCAACUUUGAACAGCCAAUUUUUUAAAAAAUAUACCGGCCAAUUUUAAGCUAAAGGAUUAAAAAGAGACUCUUUCAUUGUUCUGUACGCACAAAAGAAUCUUUAUAAUUUCUGGGCUUGGUUUUCGUUCUUAUAACUCUGAUAAGUUUUUCAAAUGCAAAGAGCAGUGUCGAUUUGCCAUGGGGCUUGGUAAAGAACACAAGCUCUAGAACAUACCACCACCACUCCCCUACAAAAAGAUUGCCUUUUAACUAGAGACUUGUAGAUUUAAUGGCUUUCUGUUCCAUACCCAAACACUUCUCCCCAAAGACUAAGUAUUAGUAGUAGACUAGCCGUAUGAUUUAACAUGGCAAUUCUUUGCUCAACUACUCUAAAUAGGUGGGAAAUUAGGUAGAUUCUUGGGCUUAAGUCAGUUGCAUUGCUAAUAAUAUACAUGAUAAUUGAAAGGCCUUCAAAGAGGUUUGGAUUAUUUGCCAAAUAUUAGACUCUAAAAAUUCUUGAAGGUUUUUUUUUUUUUUUUUGCCUUUGAUUGUGUAAGUACCAGUUCUUAUGUUACGUAGAGAGACUGUAUCUGUAAACAGAAUUAUGCAGCUCAAAGUGAAAAGGUUUUCCUCUUUUUUCCAGUGGUUCUUGCCUUCAAAGAGUAGUCCAUUACAUCUUGCCUUGAUUUUUAAGGUUGCAUUCUAGGGUGGAAAGCUUAACCAGACAAUAGUUUUCAAAUGUUCUUUAUAACCACUCUGUUUAUUAUAAGCAAAAUUUUUUCAUAGUUUGUUUAGCAUCUUUUUUCUUUCUGUUGAGCACUUUAUGCUUUUUAGUCUAUUGCAUUUAAGAAUGUAGUUUAGAAAUUCUCCCGUAAAGCCAUGUAAAAACUGAUAGAGGAUAAUUAAAAUGGGUGGACAUUAUUUUGCAUUUAACUUACUUUUGUGUGGUGUGUGUAAACAAAAAAUUAGAAAUAUAUUGCCUUUUUGUAAUAAUGACCUCAGUUUUAAAGUGAUUUGCCAUGAAAUAUCAAUGAUGUCCUAUUUUGAAAUUAUGUUUAUUCUAGUGUUAUAAUACUGAAGGAUUUCAGCCAACUUUGUUUCUAAUCUGUGAUGUGCUUUAUAUUAUUGUCUGGUUUCACUAUUUAAGAGAAUAGUUGUCUCAUAUUUUCUACUGAGUGUAGCAAUAAUCAGUGAAGACCCAAAAAAAGUGAGUAAUGUUUUUCUUGUUUAAAGUAUUUGAAUACCCCAUUCAAAAUAAUGGGGUAUGAAGUGAAUCAUCCUGGCUUUUCUGCCAUACCUAAAUUCUGAAUAGUUCCACUUCAAAAUGGAAAUGUUUAAUUAUUUCCUUUAAAGCAAUCCCUAUUUGCAGUAUCCUGUAUAUUCAGUGGACAGAAUGUCAUAAUCUGGUUGUAUUGGAAAUAGUGCUAGUCACUGGUCUUUAUUUGAGGGAAUUGGUUUGUUACAACAGGAAAUGAGUCAUUUAUCAGAAUCCUGAGAAAGACAGAUGUUUUAUUCGUGGCAGUAUUUGGGAUGACUAAAAUAAUUUUUUCAGAUAUUUAGUGUCAUGUUUUAGAAUUAACUAUUAGUGCUUAUAUAAUAUUUUUAUAAUUAUUACAUAAUUUUUAUUGGUAAAUAUUAAUAGGUACUAGAUUUUGGAUUCUCACCAAACCAGUAGAAUGGUAUUAGUUAUUUUCUCAUAUUAUGUUACUGCCUGUGAGAUGCAUACAUAUGUAUUAAAGGGUAUAUGUAUGUGUGUUCUUUAAUCUGUAAAGGUACCUGGGAUUUUUACUGUGUUGAUUUCAAAAUUGUAUGGGCAUUAUAACUUUAUCAUUGUACAAAAAGAAAACAUCCCACUAAAUUCAUAGAUGUUGGUGGAAUACAGAUGUUUCUUGACUUACAAUGGGGUUAUGUCCCAGUAAACCCAUUGUUAAUUUGAAAAUAUUGUAAGUCGAAAAUGCACUUAAUACACCUAACCUAUCAAACAUCAUAGCUAACUCCAGCCUACAUUAAACAUGCUCAGAACACUUACAUUAGCCUGCAGUUAGGCAGAAUCAUCUAACACAAUGCCUAAUUUGUAUUAAAGGUGUUCAUCUCAUGUAAGAGGUAUUAUACCAUGUAUCAUUAGUCUGGGUAGUAUCAGAAUACAAAAUUCAAAGUAUGGUUGCUAGUGAAUGUGUAGCACUUCUGCUGCAUGGCAAAGUUGAAAAAGUCAAACCAUUAUAAGUCAGGAACCAUCUGUAUUAGAUAUAUUUGGUAUUUUUAGUGGCCUUUUUCUUUAAGCUCACUCUUAUCAUUGUUGAGUGGUUAUAGAUGUGGGAUGAACCUCUCCUGGAAUCAUUUCUUUUGUCCAACACAAAAUUUAUAAAACAAAAGUUUAAUACUCCCAGCUACUUGGGAGUCUGAAGUAGAAGGAUCACUUGAGCCCAGGACUUCAAGUUCAGCCUGGGAAAUAAAGUAAGAUGCCAUCUCUAAAAAAAAAAAUAAUAAACUUCAGUUAACUGCAAGUAAGUUGAAAUAUCAUGCAUUACACUCAUGUCCACAUGAGAUAUGUUUAAGACCUAAAAUGCUUUUUUCCUUGUAAUUGGAAUGAUCACAUGGACAUGUGUCUGGGAUUCCUACAUUACUAUUUAAAAUAAAUAGCAGUGAGCUAAUACUGGAAUUUCAGGUACUACAGUUGGUGUUGAAUGAUGUGUUUGGGGGGGAGUUGUUUUUUUUGUUGUUGUUGUUUUAAGAAAAUCUAAAAAUCUAUUUAUGUUUUAGCUCCAGUAGUCAAAAGGUCGGGUUAUUUGUCUUUUAGAUUUUCAGUCUUUGGCUGCAACUGCCACUAAUUUUGUGUUUAAAAGAACUAAUGAGGAAUGUAUUUUUCAAAGGAAUUGAAUGAGGUUAAAAAUCAAGAUUUUGAAUUGUGUAAAUGUGCCGCUAAUUCUUUUUUCUCCAAGUUUCUACACAAAGCAUUGAUAAAUAUGCAACUAAUUCAACUCGAGGAUAUUACUAAAUUCUUUUGUUAUUUCUAAACAUCUUUCAUACCUUGCAGUGCUUAUUGUUCCAAUAGCUUUCCAAAAAGACAUUUCAGUUUUGAUAUAAUUUUUAAAAUAUACAUAAGUAAUGUAAAACAAUUUGAGUUUAUUUUAGCUUUAUGUUGUAUGUCUGAAUUUCAUCUGCAUAUCUGUCACAGAUAUGAAGCUAUUUUGAAAUUUGCCACUUUUCCCUGAGUGGCCCCUUGUUGUUUAAUCUGCAACGUUUGGAAAGAAAACUUUAUAGAACUAACACUGAUAUCCUGGUCUCCUUGUCCCAGAUAUAAUUAAUGUCAUUAGGAUGUAAGUGAUGCUAAGGUGGUUUUAUUAUUUUUUUAAUGCAUUUUGUGCUUUUAUUUGAACUACAGUCAAACUCUAACAUAACUGAAGUUGAAUGGCAUUUGUCUUAAUUCUGCCCAGUUAUUGACCAAAUCAUACCUAGAAGAUGUUUUUAUGUCCCAAUCUAGAGAAUCCUCUAACUUGGGGGUUAAUUUUACUUACACAUACCAUUUCAGUUUAAGUUGCCUUAUUCUGUUGAAUUAUUCUUGUCAAAUCUAAGUUUUAUCAUGUCUGCAUUCUAACACUGAAUCUGUGAUGUAAAAAUGUAUGAUGUUCUACAGAUUUUAUUCAUAAUAAACUAAGUUAUAUAAGCCUCUUGUAACCUGUAAAACAUUUCUUGUAAAUUGCCUAAUUUAUUUUUCAUUUAUGUACAGUUUCUUAUGUAAAUUUUAAUAUUUGUCUCAACCUGUUCUGUAAACAUUCCCAUAUUUUCCUUAAUGCUUAUUUGCAUGACAGAAACUCGGGUUUGCUUGUUUGUAUUGUGUGGCCAUUAAGCCAACUUCAGUAUCUCUGCUCUCUUUUCUGUAGUUUAACUUUUCUAAUUUUGUUCAUAUUCUAAAUAAAUGUUAGAAUCAUGCUUUUCAUUUUCUACUCUUUAAAUAAAUUCUCCAAGUUGUUUACUGUGUGUAUCUUUUUAUUUCUUUAUUUUCUAUAUUGUAUGCCCACAUUUCCACUCUGAAUAAAUGUAAGGUUCUGGUUUUAACUGAAAUUAACUACAGUAGAAUGUGAACUCCAUGAGAGCAAGGACUUUGUGAUUACAGUCUUGCUCACCUCUGUAUCCCCGUAGCUGACACAGCCAAGGUGAAUAAAUAAAUUCUUGUUGAAUGAA